CGCCCCGGCAGCUAAGUCAGUCAAACCUGAAGAGAAGGCAACUCGACGGCUAAAAAUAUAAUAGCUAACACGAGAUGUCUGACUUGCCUCGUAGGAUAGUAAAGGAGACACAACGGUUGAUGGUAGAGCCUGUUCCUGGGAUCAUGGCUACACCAGAUGAGGAGAAUGCACGUUACUUCCAUGUGGACAUUUCAGGGCCUCAAGACUCUCCAUUUGAAGGAGGCACAUUUAAACUUGAGCUAUUUCUUCCAGAGGAGUAUCCCAUGGCAGCUCCCAAAGUGCGAUUCAUAACCAAAAUCUACCACCCAAAUGUUGACAAACUAGGAAGAAUAUGUUUAGACAUUUUGAAAGAUAAGUGGUCUCCAGCCCUGCAGAUCCGCACAGUGUUGCUGUCUAUCCAGGCGUUAUUAAGUGCUCCCAAUCCAGACGAUCCCCUGCAAAACGAUGUUGCAGAACAGUGGAAGACAAAUGAAAGCAGUGCAAUUGAGAUGGCCCGAGCAUGGACCAAGCUCUACGCGAGCCACUCUACAAUGUAGAAGGAGAGAGACGAGGCGAAUGAAUGUGAUCCACAAAAUGUACUCCUAUUCUUUCAACAUUUGAAUUUAACGGACACAAAAAAGAGAAAAGAAAAAAAAGAUUAUAACUCCAAAUCUAUUUGAAAGAAAUGACAAGAUUUACUGCUGCAGACCUCUGGGUGACUUAUUUUCUUCUCUAAGAUGCGUUAAGUGUGUUUUUUUUUUUUUUCCUGUGUUGCUAUUUAAAUGCAUGGACAGAGAACGGCACCCUCCCCACUAGUCUUAAAAAUAACAUGCAAUAUGUUGUCCUGAACAAGGCAUAUUACUGGUACGUUUGCAAGAUAUACAGGCAUUAAGCUGUAAUUAUUUUAACACAUGCAUAAUUUGUCAACACAACUGGAUGUAUUUUGUGAGAGAUGACAUAAUCUUUUUCAACACAUAGCAUGUACAGCUGUCUUUUCACCAGUAGCUGGCAGACGGAAAAUGAUGUGGUUUGUUUUUGGUCUUUUUAGGGAAUACGAUGAGUUUUUGGAAAGUAGCCCUCACAUUCAACGAGAAGGUUAGUUGGAUUUACACUCCUGUGCAUACCAACACAUCACAACACUGAAUCUUUACUUUGUGGUGUAGCUGCUGUAGUUCAUCAUCAUCUCUAGCACACGCGGCACUUAAUACUGAGCACAGAAACUCUUUACAAAAUCGCACAGCAAAGACGAUCUUAUCUGUAAAAUUGUAUGUACAUUUAAAGGGUUCCCCACAGGUAGUACAUCCUCAUAAGCCUUCAAAAGAAACAUUUUUGUCUACAGACAACUGUGAGAGGUUAAUUCCAGUGUUUCCAGACGCAGAAUGCUAAACAAUUGUACCAGAAGCCUAAAAUUUAAGUAUUUUAAAGUAUGUGAUGAACAUUAUAACCAAGAGAGCAAAUCAGGCAUGAUGUGUAAUUUCAGAAAACACUGUACACUGCUGCUACUGCCUGUGCGAAAACACAUGCCGUGUUCAUGCGUUUGCCAUUAGAUCCCGUUUUUAUGAUUUGUUUUCACAUAUACAACUCAGAAAAUAAUAAUUCUGAUUUGCUAAUGUAAAAUAUUAGUGAAUGUGACAUGUGGAUUAAGGAUUUACCACGUUAUCUGUGGCGGCUCGCCACAGUUAAAAUACUGAUUAAAAUACAGUUUAGUCAUUCAUUGCACCACACUGUCAGCGUGCCCAGUUUACUCUGGGCAGUGACAGAGCAGCAGAACCCUGGAUGUAGUAGUAGUCUGAUUGCCUGGGUCCAAAAGUUUGCAUUUACUUGCCUAUCUGAUCAGCUAUGAUCGGAUCAACCAAUCAGUCCCCCACCCCGCGUCUCCAUCCACAAACUGCUCCUGUGGAAUAGAAGAACUUGUGAGAGCUCUGCCUGCGUUGCAUUCAUGGACCUGCAAAAACCUCAGAAUUUAGAGAGGGGGCACAGAAUGAUACACACAUGUACACAGAAAAACAAACAAAAUAAAAUGUACACAGUGUUAAAUUUAGACUUUGCUCUAGACCUCUAGACUCCACUCCAAUUUGUUGUCUCUUUUCUCUCUUUGUCAAUCUGUGGCCCCAGCAGAUGUAAUUUUGUCUUUUUUUUACUAUUCCCAGUCUUAGAUUGAUAGAAAAGUCAAGUAUUGUGUGAUUAGAUGAUUAAGCCCAGUUAGAUGAGGACUAAUAAUUUAAAAAAAUCAAAUAAUUUGAUGUCAUGUUUUGUCCAGCAGUGUUCAGCCGUAACAUGCUUUUUUUUCUCGUUUCUGUACAUGUUUCAGUAAAAGUUUGGACAGUUUGGGGAGGGUGAGCAGAUUACUUCCGCAUGCUUAAAACAAAAGCCGUUCCCAACACAUUCAGAAAAGAAUGACACAGAUUUGUUUGUUGUUAUGUAUGAUGUUACAGACUACUAGGAUGUGUUGAAAAUGUCCUUUUUAUUUUAAGGGUGUCGGACAUUGAGUUCUUAUUUUCCUUUUUUUUUUUUUAAACUGUCUGUCCAUGCUAUCUAUGUUCCCUGUUCACUAUUUUAUUUUCAGUGUUAUAUCAUUAAAAGUCAUGUACCAUAACCAGACAGAUAUCAGGACAGUUCAGACUAGUUUUCUUUGGAGUGUUUGUGAGAAUCGAAGUGUCAGAUUGUCUUGAAAGGGAAAGUUUAGACGUAUUUUUUCCUUUUUUUAAAAAAAAAUGUUUCACCUGUGUUUGCUCUUUCUAUGAUACUGAUUUGGAUGAUUAUGCAAGUGAAGUGAUGUUACAAAUAAAAAGUAUUUAAGAGCAAAAAGGCUUAACACACUAUUACAGAUUUUCCAACUGCUAGAAAUUGCUCAAAACUGCACGUGAAAUCUUGCGUCAAAUUUUGGAUUGGGAAUUUUUUAUUGACCUGUAGAAAAGACUCCCAUAAACUUUCCUUUUAAAAGAUGCUGUAUGGAUGGCGACUAGAAAGGCUCUGCAUCUUAGACCCUCCAUUGUCAUGCUUCUGUAUGGCUCAUCUGAGGACGGACUGUAACGUUUUGUUGUCGUAAAAAUAUUUUUGUUAAGCUUUUUUUUUUUUUUUUUUUCUCGGUUGAUCUCUUUUCAUGCUCUUUAUUGGAUUACCAAAGGUGUGGUGUUGCUUAGAUCUGUUUGUGUCCCUGUCCUCCUGCUCUCCAGUAUUAUUAAAUAACUAACAGCUACUUAAGUCUGGAACAAGUAGCACGGCUUAAAAACCUGGUUAACUUAUUGUUUCCCUGAGCGACUUGACGGUAAUCUAAACCAAGUCACUGGAUUUUUUUUUAAGCAUCUAGAUCAAACUAUUGAGACAUCCAACUGAUAAAUCAGCUCCCCAUGUGGUAAAAAAGAAAAAAAAGAAGAGUUCUAUUCUGCAAUUUCAGUACAAGCAUACAUGGCUCCUCAGACACUCUGUAAAUAAACUGAGUUCAGUAAGUAAUUA